AUGAGCUUCAAUAAGAACAACCCCAACGCGAUGGGGAAAAUCAUGGGAUAUCUGAAGCAGCUCUCCACUGAAAUGGAAACUGGAAUUGGUGGGAGCGAAGAGACUCGCCGCGGGCAAGGCGAAGAAGAGCGACUGUAUCGAACAAGGGGGCCCAAAUACGCGAGGGUGCCAUCGAGAGCGACUCUAUCCGCGUCUACCACCUGCACCUCGUUAGCCACCUCCUGCGGCUCGCAGGGUACACUCGCCCCCAAUUACGCAGCGAUCCCGGAGACCGUCUCCACAGAGAGCAGCAGCGAGGACGAGCAGGACUCCUUCGAGAAGACCCGCCGCCAUUUCCAGCAACUGCGCCAGAUCAGCUUGGGGAACGAGUUCAAAUACAAAAUGGAGAUGGAGAUCAAGAGCGCCAAGGAGGAGAACUUGCGCAAUAGCGUGCCAUUCGUGAAACAGUUAAGCACCGACAGCAACAAAGUUAAAACCGAUUAUACCAUUAAUGGGGACAGCCAGCCAUACAAUGCGCCGACAACUCAGCGUCUGUUUCUUUGGACUCAGAUAUUUGCAGCAUUCGCUGUUUCAAUGGGAUCGAUGAUAGUUGGGUUUUCGUCGGGCUACACAUCACCCGCCCUCGCCAGUAUGAACGAAACUCUAGUUUUCGGGAAAGAGGAGAACAGUUGGAUUGGCGGUAUAAUGCCUCUAGCGGCAUUGGUUGGCGGUGUUUUGGGUGGUCCGCUGAUAGAAGCGGUCGGAAGAAAAAUGACUAUAAUCGGCACUGCAAUACCGUUCUUCAUGGGAUGGAUGUUGAUUGCGAACGCGAAUGGAGUUGCUAUGGUGUUGGCUGGACGCGCUUUCUGCGGUCUGUGUGUCGGAGUCGGCAGUCUCGCGUUCCCCGUUUACCUCGGCGAAACAAUUCAGCCAGAAGUCCGAGGCGCUCUAGGUUUACUUCCGACUGCGUUCGGUAAUACGGGCAUAUUGCUGGCAUUUUUUGCCGGCAUGAUAAUCACUUGGAGGAACUUGGCGUUUUUGGGCGGUUCGCUUGCCAUUCCAUUCUUCUUGCUGAUGAUAAUAACCCCGGAGACGCCGCGUUGGUACGUCACGAAGGGUCGCGCUGAAGACGCCCGCAAAGCCCUUCAAUGGCUAAGAGGGAAAAACGUCAACAUUGAGAAGGAGAUGCGAGAGCUCACCAGGUCCCAAGCGGAAGCCGACCUAGUCGGUGGGAACCGUUUCAAGCAGCUUCUCUCCAAGAAAUAUGUACGGGCAAUCCUCAUCUCCCUGGGACUUAUGUUUUUCCAACAACUGAGCGGUAUCAAUGCGGUCAUAUUCUACGCUUCUGAGAUAUUCAAGUCGGCGGGCAGCACUAUCGACGCAAACGUGUCCUCCGUAAUUAUCGGGGUGGUGAACUUUAUAUCGACCUUCAUUGCGACCGUACUUAUCGACAGGCUUGGAAGGAAAAUACUUUUGUACAUUUCUUCCGUUUCAAUGAUCGUGACCUUGGUGACAUUGGGCUCUUAUUACUACGUGCAGAAAGUCGGUGUGGACGUAAGCGCUUACGGGUGGCUGCCACUUGCAUGUCUCAUAAUAUACGUGCUCGGAUUCUCCAUCGGCUUCGGCCCGAUCCCCUGGUUGAUGCUUGGUGAAAUUUUACCGUCGAAGAUUCGUGGAACGGCGGCGUCUUUGGCAACCGGUUUCAACUGGACCUGCACUUUUAUUGUUACCAAAACAUUCCUUAACAUUACGGAAGCCAUACACAUGCAUGGCACCGUGUGGUUGUUCUCUGUGAUAUGCCUAAUUGGGCUGUUUUUCGUCAUAUUCUGCGUACCGGAGACUCGGGGCAAGAGUCUGGAGGAAAUAGAAAAGAAACUGACUGGUGGUUCGCGUAGAAUACGGAACAUCCACAUCAACAAACAUAUGCAAAAUGGCUGU